AAGGGUGAGAUGGGUUGGUGGGGCUAGGGUGGGACUCAGGGCACUGAUGUGAUAGAUCCAUUGGCCAGGCAGCUGGACCUGGAGCUCUGGGAAUGCUUCCUGGAAGAGGUCUCUGGCCCUUCCCAAAGACCAUGCCACAGCCUCACUGACCCAGGAGUUGAGGCCUGAGGGCGGGCACCUGGAAUGGGCUGUGUGUUCUGCAAGAAGGUGGAGUCGGCGUCCAAGGAUGAUAGUGGCCUGGAAGGAGACUUCAGGGGCUAUGGGGCUGCAGACCGCUAUGGCCCUGACCCCACGCAGGACCAGCCUGUGUCCUCCUUUGCCCACAUUCCCAACUACAACAACUUCUCCCCUCAGCCCACCAGCACUGCCUUCCUUGAUGGUGGCAUCAUCAGGGGUAUCUCAGGGACUGGUGUGACCCUGUUCAUCGCCCUGUAUGACUAUGAGGCCCGGACAGAGGAUGACCUCACCUUCACCAAGGGCGAGAAGUUCCAUAUCCUGAACAAUACUGAAGGUGACUGGUGGGAGGCUCGGUCCCUCACCUCUGGACAAACUGGCUACAUUCCCAGCAACUACGUGGCCCCUGUGGACUCCAUCCAGGCUGAAGAGUGGUACUUUGGAAAGAUUGGGCGGAAGGAUGCAGAGAGGCAGCUGCUCUCUCCCGGCAACCCGCGGGGGGCCUUUCUCAUUCGGGAGAGCGAGACCACCAAAGGCGCCUACUCUUUGUCCAUCCGGGACUGGGACCAGACCAAAGGCGAUCACGUGAAGCAUUACAAGAUCCGCAAGCUAGACACUGGCGGCUACUACAUCACCACGCGGGCCCAGUUCGACUCGGUGCAGGAGCUCGUGCAGCACUACGUCGAGGUGAACGACGGGCUGUGCCACCUGCUCACAGCAGCCUGCACCACCAUGAAGCCGCAGACACUGGGCUUGGCCAAGGACGCCUGGGAGAUCAGCCGCAGCUCCAUCGCGCUCGAGCGCCGGUUGGGUACCGGCUGCUUCGGGGACGUGUGGCUGGGCACGUGGAACGGCAGUACAAAGGUGGCGGUAAAGACGCUGAAGCCAGGCACCAUGUCCCCGAAGGCCUUCCUUGAAGAGGCGCAGAUCAUGAAGCUGUUGAGGCACGACAAGCUGGUGCAGUUGUAUGCGGUGGUGUCGGAGGAACCCAUCUACAUAGUGACCGAGUUCAUGUGCCACGGUAGCUUGCUGGAAUUUCUCAAGGACCAGAAAGGCCAGGAUUUGAAGUUGCCCCAACUGGUGGACAUGGCAGCCCAGAUAGCAGAUGGCAUGGCCUACAUGGAGCGCAUGAACUACAUCCACCGUGACCUGAGGGCAGCUAACAUCCUAGUCAGGGAGCGGCUGGUGUGCAAGAUUGCCGACUUCGGACUGGCCCGCCUUAUCAAGGAUGAUGAGUACAAUCCCCGGCAAGGGACCAAGUUCCCCAUCAAGUGGACUGCCCCAGAGGCUGCCCUCUAUGGCAGAUUCACCAUCAAGUCAGACGUGUGGUCGUUUGGGAUCCUCCUCACUGAACUCAUCAGCAAGGGCCGAGUCCCCUACCCAGGCAUGAAUAACCGUGAAGUACUGGAACAGGUGGAGCAUGGCUAUCACAUGCCGUGCCCCCCAGGCUGCCCAGUGUCUCUGUAUGAGGCCAUAGAACAGACAUGGCGUCUGGACCCGGAGGAGAGGCCUACCUUCGAGUACCUGCAGUCCUUCCUGGAGGACUACUUCACCUCCACAGAACCCCAGUACCAGCCUGGAGAUCAGACAUAA